UUAUAAUUAGGAAUACAUCGUUAAAACUAUUUGUACAUUUGCAAAUGCAUGAGAACAACCAGUUGGCUACGGGUGCCAGGUUUUGGUGUUUAAAAACAGGAUUUUGAGACGCACUCCUUCACACACACACACCCUUUGAUUCCAUCAGCUUUGUUUUUUUUUUUUAAUUGUGAGAUGACACACACUCGCCCCAAUCUUUAGAAUGAAUUAGGCCGGAGGCUGAAGGGAAACCGGUCUCCUAAUUCUCAUCGUCUCGUUGCCCCAACCUUUGACACAGUCGUGUCUCCCAGGAGGACACGUCUCCCCCUUGUUUUUCUACCGGCUCGCCCUGCUGUGGGUCCGAGAGAGGGGCUGGGGCGUCCUGCUCGCGGUCCGGGAGCAGGGAACGUGGAGCUGGUCGCCGACUCGCAUUCUCCUGGACUCGUCCUACUGGUUCUGCUGCUACAGCAGGUUCCCACCUGCCCGCGUGCCAACGACUCUCGCUUUCAGCUCAGUUUCGGCUCAGAAAUCCCCUGAAGUGCAUUUUUUUCCCCCCUCCUUCUUCUUCAGCUUUAAAUAUACGUUUCUGCUUUCAGCGUUGUCCUAAGUCUGGUUUUGUUCUUGGUGAAAAGGUUUAAAGCCCUGUUAAAAAAACAAAACAAACACCCCAACCAGCCCCAGACCGAUGCUGUAAUUGAAGAGGAGGCUAGUCUCUGAGGCUCUAGUGCUCUGAACACCGAGGACUGGCGCACUUCUGACCUGGAAACUGAGCGAGGUCUCGGGUUCACAUCCUGUCGACUGUGCAAAUACCUCUCGUCAUUCCUGAGCAGCGGUGAGGGCCAGGGGGCCUGAUUUCAGUUCCCAGGUGACUCUGUGCUUGUGCACCGCCCUUAGACUUAAAUUGCGCUGGAAACAAAUGGCCAGAAAUUGCCAUAUAAAUGGACAGGACUGACUGAAAUCGUUUUCAACUGACUCACCUGCCUGUAUAAGGGAUUGAAGAAAAAUUAAGGGGGAAGACCGACGCGCAGAGGAGGUUGGAAUCUGUCUUGGCGGGGGUUGUAGCCCCUGGAUGUUUUGUUCCGAGUCGGAUGCAUUUCACUUCUUUGGAAGUAGAGGCUCGGAGACCGGGGAAAGUGUAAUUGUAGCCUCGGGCUGGUCUUGGGAGUACGGGGGAGACUGCUUGGGAAAAUACCAAGGGACUGUUGACAGUGUAUUUUAAUACCGUCCGGAACUGAAAACCAGGAAGAACGGGCAUCUCAGGAUUUGCAAUCAGUCGAAAACCGGCAUCAGUCCUAUCCCAGGAUUCACAGCAAAACCCAGAGAUGGAGGAGAUGACAAUAUGGGAGCAGUAUACUAUCACAGUGAACAAGGAUUCCCGGAUGGGCUUCGGACUGGCCAUAUCCGGGGGGCGCGACAAGCCGAACCCCAUGACCGGCGACACGGCGGUGCUGAUUUCGGACGUGGUGAGGAACGGGCCAGCAGCGGGGAGGCUACAAACCCGGGAUCGUAUCGUCAUGGUCAACGGCAUCGCCAUGGAGAACGUCACCUCCAGCUACGCCAUCCAGCAGCUCAAGACCUGCGGCAGGACGGCCAACAUCACGGUGAAGAGGCCUCGCACCAUCCAGAUGCCCGUCGCCGCCCACAAGGCCCCACUGUCCCGCGCCGCCUCGCGGGGCACCCAGCUCUCGGACUCCGGCAGCGAGGGCAACUACUACGGGCGGAGCCAGGGGAGGCGGGAGCGCGAGGCCCGCAGCGCCACGCCGGACCGCAACGGGCACGCUCUGCCCCUGAUGUCCGGCAUGAAGAGGCUGCCCAGCCAGGACGGCCCGUACAGGCCCAUCCGGGCCACGCUGCUGAAGAAGAGAGCCACAGACGAAUACGGCCUGAAGUUGGGCAGUCAGAUUUUCGUCAAACACAUGACCCCCACUGGACUGGCAGCAAAGGAAGGGACCCUGCAAGAAGGAGACCUUAUCCUGAAGAUCAAUGGGAUGGCCACCGAGAACCUCUCCCUGUUGGAUACCAAGCACCUGGUGGAGAGGUCGGAGGGCAAGCUGUCCCUAGUGGUGCUGCGCGAUGACCGUCAGUUCCUGGUCAGCAUCCCAGACAUUGAGGACAGUGAGCCCAACAGUGACAAUGAUGAAGGCAGUCACGGCGACAGCUCUGGGAUGGACGAUAUUUCGGAUCUGGAGUCGGAGCCCCCCUCCUCCACCAGGAGAAGGAAGAUCUCGGGGAGAAAGGAGAGACGAACCGGAAGGAAUCACAAGCCCAGCUCCACUCCGCCCGUCUCCCAGGACUUGACCCCCCUGCAGGUAGUGUCUCUGAAGUCCUCUGUGCAAGCUGCCCCUCUUCAGAGAGAGCCAUCGGAUACGGAUUCGGAGAACGGCUCUCUUCCUCCUCCUCCAAGGCUAGACACUCCCGACAGCAGAGCGCCAAGGAGCCAGUACAGGGUCUUUCCCGAAGCCAUUCCUGCCAAGACCCGCUCGUCUCCCCUCGCUCCCAGGCAUGACUCUCCUCAGUGGAGCUCCCCUUCCUCCAGGCCGUCUCUCCGAGGGGAUUUGGAAUCCGAGUCGGACCGCAGCCUGUCGCCCCCCUCCCUACGGGACAGUCCAAGUGUGACAAGCCAGUCAAGCAGAUACAGAGUUCUUCCCGAGGUGACCCAGCCUGCUUUCCGGGCGUCGCCCCUCGCUCUCAGGCAGGACCCCCCCCGGCGGGGGCACUCCCCAGGUGCACCCCCUCCUCGAGGACCCUCCGACUCGGAGUCGGACCACAGCUCCCCCGUCCCCUCCAGGUGGACGGACACUAGCCACAGCAUCGAGCCCAGGAACAGAUACCGGUUGCUUUCUGACGUCUCUCAGCCCAGAAGCCAUGAGCCCCCCCCGUCUCUUGAGCCCCCUCGCUGGGUCGCGCCCACAGUCCAGCCCUCACUCCGAGCCCCCGAGUCCGACUCCGAGUCAGAGGUCAACUCCUCCAUUCCCCCGAGACAUGAUGAUGCCCCCGACGGCAGGGGCAAAUACAGAGCUUUCCCCGACGUGGGCCAGCCCGUCGGCCCCGGACAGGACUCCCCGCCCCGAGGCCACUCUCCCAUCGGACCCCCUCCCGAAGACUUUUCCGACUCGGAGACGGAGAGCAUCCCUUCGCCACCCAGGAGAUACGAGAGCAAGGGAUACUGGGAACAGAACAGCCGGGGCAGCAUAAUACCGCCCAGUAAUGGCAUGAUCCGUCCCGGAGUGCCAAUGGAGGAUGUCUCCGAGGUGCACAGCAGGGCAAGCGAAGAGCCCAUCUAUUCAGUCCCCCCGGAUUCCCCUCGUGUGAGGAGAGCAAAUUCAGGCUACAGCUCGGACCUGCGGACGGUGGACUUCGUGAAGGACGGCAGCGUGGGCCUCCGGCUGGUGGGCGGCAACGACGUGGGCAUCUUCGUGGGCGGGGUGCAGCCUCAGAGCCAGGCCCACCAGCAGGGCAUGAGGGAGGGCGAUCAGAUCCUGCAGGUGAACGGAGUCGAUUUCGGCCACUUCACCAGGGAGGAGGCGGCCAUGUUCCUGCUCAACAUCCGCAGCGGGGAGCAGGUCGUCAUAGAGACGCAGAACAAGAUGGACAUCUACAGGAAGAUUAUGCAGUCCAACCUGGGAGACUCUUUCUUCAUCCGGACGCACUUUGACCAGGUGGCAGAGGGGUCCCACGGGCUCAAUUUCACGCGGGGGGAGGUCUUCCGCGUGGUGGACACCAUGCAUCAUGGGAAGCUGGGCACCUGGCUGGCAGUGCGCAUGGGCAACGACCUGCACGAGCUGGACAAGGGCACCAUCCCCAACUACAAGAGGGCGGAGGUGAUAGCCAAUAUGGAGAAGGCUCAGAAGAGCAGCGCCGCGUCCUCCCAGGUCCCGGGGCCCCGGGCCGAGUUCUGGAAGCUGCGGGGCCUCCGGGGGGCCAAGAAGAACGUGCGCCGGAGCCGGGACGACCUGCUGCAGCUCACCAUCCAGGCCAAGUACCCCGCCUACGAGAAGGUCCUGCUGCGAGAGGCUAGUUUCAAACGCCCCAUCGCCAUCCUGGGUCCUCUGAACGAUGUGGCCAUGGAGAAGCUGGCUAGAGAAAUGCCCGAAGAGUUUGAAGUGGCCCAGAUGGUCCCUCGCAGUGGAGGAGAAGGUUCCUCUUCAGUGAUCAAACUGGAGGCCGUGAAGCAGAUUUCAGAGCAGGACAAGCACCCCCUGCUGGACAUCACGCCCACCGCGGUGGAACGGCUCAACUACAUCCAGUACCACCCCCUAGUGCUCUUCCUGGACCCCCACAGCCGCAAGGACGUCAAGGCCAUGAGGAAGAGGCUGUGCCCGGACUCCAAGAAGAGCUCGCGCCGUCUCUACGCGCAGGCCCUGAAGACCCGCAAGUACUUCGCCCACCUCUUCUCCGCUCGCAUUGAGCUCCAGCCCGGCUCGGACAUGUGGUACGAGGUCCUGAAGGACCGGAUCUGCAGCCUGCAGACCAAGCCCGUCUGGGUGUCCGAAGUGACGCUGGAGAGCGGCGGAGAGGAAGAGCUGGACGCCCUGAGCCGCUCCCACUCCUCCGACUACCUGAGCUGCGACAGCCGGGCCACGAGCGACUACGAGGACACGGACGGCGAGGCCUACACGGACGGCGAGGCCUACACGGACGAAGACCUGGACGAGCCCUACGGGGGCCGGGAGGCGCCGCGGCACGUGGGGGUUUCCCUCGCCCGCUCUUCGGAGCCCGCCGCCGGGGAGGAGGGGCCCCCCGGGUUCGUGCCGGAUGACCCCAGGGCCUCCGGGCGCCGGCCGCCCCUCCUGCACGUGCCCGAGCCCCGUUCCCGUCGCCAGGACGACCCCAGGGAGCCGUCCCCCACCAGCUUCUCGGAGGAUGACCCCUCCCGUUUUGGAACCCCCGAAGCGUCGGCUCCGCGCCCCCGGUUGGAAAGCCCCCCAAAUCUCAGGGCUUCGGAUUCCCUUCACUCUCUCCCGGACCCACCCCCUCACGUGACCCCCCCCGGGGGCAGCCAUCCGGAAAUCCAGGAGGAAGCCAGUCGGGCUGUCGUGGCUGAGCCUGAGGAAAAGAAGCCCCCGCAGCCCAAAUUUGUGGUGCUGGCGCAUCACCAGGCGCUGCAGUGGAGGCGCUCUCAGAUCCAGGGCAGCGACAGCUCCGACGACCACGCGGAGAACGCCGUUGCCGCUGCCGACGAUGACGACGAGUGGGGCCCAGCCACUGAGCUCUGAGCCCCCCCAGAGCAGUGGGUGGGGGGGGGGGGCGAGGAGAGGAGGUGAAGAUCGCAACGGGGCCUCUUCUGGGACACGCGGCCACACGGAGACCCCUGUGGCCCCCCUGCCUCUGGCCAGUUCAGGUGGUCUUCCUGGCUCCUGCUGAAAUCCCCCCCCGGAACGACGCGGACAAGGGGGCCGUUGUCGGACCCCAGUGGCUCUGCAGGUGUCGCAGAGCUGUUGGAGUGCGUUAGUUCGUGUGUUUUUUUUUUGUUUUGUUUUGAAGGGCCAGAAAAAUAUUAGUUCUGGAAACAAAAG